GGUGUAGUGAAUGAACGUCGAAAGUAAAGAAAUGUUGAGAUUAGUGAUGUUAAAAUAAAAAAAAUAAUAAAUUGUGUUAGUGAUUCUUUAAGAUGUCUCAAACUUAUAAUGGGAAUGGAGAUGCAAGUUUUGUGAAGCACGAAAAAUUAGACAAUAAUCUAGCGGUAGAUGAACCAAACGAAAUUUUCAAUAUGGGUGUAAUUUCUAAAACGGAUAAAACGAUAAAUGAAAAUGACAAAUCCAAAGAUAAGAACGAUGAAAAUAUUAAGGAAGAAGUACCCAGUGUAUCUUUUUUUACAUUGUAUAGGUUUGCUUCAUGUUCUGACAUAUUCUUCGUAACGAUUGCGAUGUUAUGCUCCAUACUGGCUGGCUGUUCGAUGCCAUUCAGUACACUGCUUUUUGCAUGGCUACUACAAGCUAUGGUUGAUUAUGGGGUGUCAUUGACUCAAGGUACCCCGGGCAAUGAUGAGUUCUUAGAACAAAUGAAAUUUUUCGCCAUCUGGAAUGUUGUCGCUGGUGUCCUAGUGGUAAUUUUGUCGUACAUAGCCACAGUACUCAUGAACAUAGUAGCAUAUAAUCAGGUUUACAAAAUACGACAAGAGUAUUUGAAAGCAGCUUUAAAUCAAGAUUUUGAAUAUUUUGAUACUCAUAAAACUGGAGAUUUUGCUUCUAAAAUGACCAGCGAUGUUGUCAAAUUAGAAGAAGGCAUAGGAGAGAAGUUGGCGACAUUUGUUUACUUCCAGGCUAGUUUUGUUAGUUCCAUUAUUAUGACAUUUGUGAAAGGAUGGAAACUAACUCUACUGUGUUUGAUAUCUUUCCCAGUUACAUUGUUUUUAGUUGGAAUAGCUGGAUUCAUAGCAUCCAGGUUAACAAAAAAAGAGGCAAUUUUAUCAGGAAAAGCGGGUGCAGUAGCAGAAGAGGUUAUAUCAGCUGUACGGACUGUGUACGCGUUUAGUGGCCAACGAAAGGAGAUCGAAAGAUACCAGUCAUUUUUGGGAAAAUCACGGAGCAUAAAUAUAAAGAAAGGUUUCUUCAAUGGUAUUGCUAUGGGAACUCUUUAUCUCUGUAUUUUCGCUUCAUACGCUUUAUCUUUCUGGUUUGGGUACAAAUUAAUGGUAGACGAACCAGAGAACUACGACGUUUCGACAAUGAUUGCAGUAUUUUUUGGAGUGAUGAUGGGCUCAGCCAAUUUUGGUAUGUCAUCGACACUGAUGGAGGUAUUUGGAGUUGCCAAAGGAGCUGGGGCUCAAAUCUUUAAUUUGAUCGACAAUGUUCCUGUUAUCAAUCCCUUACUAAAUAAGGGUAUCGUUCCCAAAUUUAUCGAAGGCAAUAUAGAACUGAAAAACGUAGUGUUUCGUUAUCCUUCAAGGCCAGAUGUGACCGUACUAAAAGGAGUAAGUUUAAAUAUUAAACGAGGUCAAUCAGUGGCAUUAGUAGGUCAUUCUGGCUGUGGGAAGUCUACAAUCAUUCAACUUUUAUCUCGAUACUAUGAUACACUUGAAGGCAGUGUGACUUUGGAUGGUAAGAAUGUAAGAGACAUUUCUGUUCAAUGGCUACGCAAACAAAUCGGCUUGGUUGGUCAGGAGCCCGUUCUAUUCAAUACAACAGUAAGGGAGAACAUAAGAUAUGGGAGACAAGAUGCUGAUGAUGCUGCAAUUGAAGAGUGUGCCAGACAAGCUAACGCGCAUCAGUUCAUCAUGAAGCUACCGAUGGGAUACGACACUCUAGUCGGUGAACGUGGAGCAUCUCUGUCAGGUGGACAGAAACAACGUAUUGCUAUAGCUAGGGCUCUAGUACGUAAUCCAAGCAUACUGUUGCUUGACGAAGCCACUAGUGCUCUAGAUACUUCUUCGGAAGCUAAAGUUCAAAAGGCACUGGAUAAGGCCCAAGAAGGAAGAACAACUAUAGUCGUAGCCCAUAGACUUUCUACGAUUAGAAACGUCGAUACAAUUUAUGUUUUUAAAGCUGGAGAAGUUAUAGAAUCGGGAAAUCACAUUGAACUAAUGAAAAAGAAAGGACACUAUUACGAUAUGGUCAUGAUUCAGGGUAUAUCAGGGGUUGAUGAAGAAGGCGACAUCACACUCACUCGACAAGUUUCUGUGAAAAGUGAAAAAGACGAUGAAGAGGAAAUUAUUAUACCCGAAAGAAAAGAUAGCGAAGAUAUUGGAGAAAAAAAGACUGAAGUGUCAUUUUGGCAAGUGAUCCGACUGAACAGCCCUGAGUGGAAGUCUAUAUCAAUUGCGAGUUUAUGUUCGCUGUUGAGCGGUUUUGCAAUGCCAGUGUUAGCUAUUAUACUUGGUGACUUUGUUGGGAUUCUGUCCGGUAACGAUCAAGAAGCUAUACAAGCCGAAGUUCGCAGAUUUGCUAUAAUAUUCAUUGCAAUUGGGGUGUUUUCUGGAGUAACAAAUUUCUUAACGGUCUUCUUCUACGGCGUAGCUGGUGAAUAUUUGACUGAGAGACUUAGGCGUCAGAUGUUUGAGAAACUUCUCCAGCAGGAGAUUGGUUUCUAUGAUGAUAAGGAAAAUACUACAGGCGCUUUGUGUGCUCGCUUGUCUGGUGAAGGAGCUGCUGUGCAAGGAGCAACCGGGCAAAGAAUUGGUACUGUCCUCCAAGCAAUAGGAACUUUUGGAUUUUCUCUAGUUCUAUCUUUGGUCUACGAAUGGAGAGUUGGAUUGGUUGCAUUAGCAUUCGUUCCGUUACUUGUAAUCAUUCUAUACAAGGAAGGUAGAAUGGUCAGCGCGGAGUCAUUUGGCACUGCAAAAACUAUGGAAGCUAGUUCAAAGAUUGCUGUAGAGGCAGUCUCAAAUGUACGAACUGUAGCAUCUUUGGGGAGAGAAGAAACUUUCUGUAAAGACUAUGCUGAUCUAUUGUUACCAGCGCUAAAAUCAGCAAAGAAAACGGCACAUGUUCGGGGAAUUGUUUUUGGUUGUUCCCGAGGUCUUUUUAACUUUGUGUAUGCGGCUGCUAUGUACUACGGUGGAACGCUCAUCAUGUAUAAUGGUGUAAAUUACUCCUUGAUACUGAAAUCAGCUGAGGCUUUGAUUAUGGGUGCAUCUACAGCGGCUCAAGCAUUUGCAUUUGCUCCUGAUUUCCAAAAGGGAAUCAAGGCAGCUGGGCGAGUGAUAACCCUAUUAAAUAAAGAAUCCAAAAUUACUGAUCCGUCUCAACCUAUUAAGGGAUUCGAGGGCUCAGGAGCAGCUAGUCUUAAAAACAUCAACUUCAGGUAUCCGACUAGACCGAUGAUACAAGUUUUGCAGAAUUUAAAUUUGGAUAUUGAGCGAGGAAAAACCGUUGCUCUGGUGGGAUCAAGCGGAUGUGGUAAAAGUACAAUAAUACAAUUAUUGGAGAGAUAUUAUGAUCCUGACACUGGGAUAGUAACUCAAGAUGGCGUAUCCAUAUCAAUGCUUCGUCUAGAAGAUGCCAGAAGGCCUAUAGGAUUUGUUCAGCAAGAGCCCGUACUAUUUGACAGAACUAUAGGAGAGAACAUAGCAUAUGGAGAUAACUCAAGAAACCCAAGCAAUGAUGAAAUUAUAGCAGCUGCUCAACAAGCGAACAUCCACAAAUUUAUUAUUUCAUUGCCUAUGGGUUAUGAUACAAACAUAGGAUCAAAAGGUACGCAAUUAUCUGGUGGGCAGAAGCAAAGGCUUGCCAUUGCAAGAGCAUUAUUACGAAAACCAAGAUUGCUGCUUUUAGAUGAAGCAACCAGUGCUCUUGAUACAGAGAGUGAAAAGAUUGUCCAAGAAGCCUUAGAUGCAGCCAAAGCGGGACGUACAUGCGUCAUGAUCGCUCAUCGGUUGAGUACGGUAAAGGAUGCUGAUGUUAUCUGUGUACUCAAAGAUGGGCAAGUCGUCGAAAGAGGGAAUCAUGCUGAACUUAUGGACCUGAAAGGAAUUUACUACAACAUGCAUAGAACUGGACAUGCGUAGAUGGAGGAUUAUUAAUGUAAUUAAAAAAUAUUGUAUUUAAGAAAUAAGAAAACAUAAGAUAAUUAAAAAAAAAGAAAAACAGAC